AUGCGUGCAUCGUACUUAGUUGUCAUAAUUGGACGUGUGACUGCUAAGGUUGCUGAUGCUUUGUGUGUAAAGGGUAAGCCAGAAGCCAGAGGACAUGGCGUCAUUUUCAUUGAUCCACGCUCUGCUAUGAAGGCUUUAUCCCUUUGCUCGGGCCCUGGUGCUACCAAGUAUAUUCUGGAAACUCGUUCAGAAAAACCAAAGGAUGGUCGGUGUGGCAGAGCUGGGAGCAUUUUUGGAAUAGAAAGGGAGCCAAGGAAUCAUUCACACACUAAUCUCAAGCGCUUUUGUGGAAAUAGACUUGUAUUUUUGGCCAGUAAUGAAUAG